CAGGGACCUUGCAAAAGGAGAGGGGGGACAGACAGGCCAGAUGGGAUCCUGCUUAGGACCCAGGACUCCCCACUGAUGCCCUGUCUAGGCUGGGUGUCUCCAGAAUCUUAGCACCUGGAUUCGUGUGAGCCAGAGUGAUAUCCACGCUGGGGAGAUCCUUCCGGCAGGCUCCUGGUGCCCUCCUCUUGCAUCAGGACCCCCCUCGAAUGCUCUGAGCCACCCUCCUCAACCCGGAUCUAAAACCCAGGACCAUCUAUCAAGCCAACCUCUCUCUCUCCACCCCACCUCCUCUUUCUGGCAUCCAUCCCCUCCCCAAUACCUCUGCUGCUGCUUCUGGCUGUGGAUCCAUACCUCUUCCCAUCCCCACCAGGCCUGGGGAGCCGGGGGGCAGGGGGCGGGGCGCACUGGGGCUAGAUGAGAAACCUCCUUAACCUGGAGCUUUCCCAAGCAGUGCUCGAGUGCUCCCAAGGAGGAGCCCUGGACCCUGAGCAUUUGCUAGAGGCUUGGCAGAGGCCCCAAGGGGACCUUGUCUUCUGAGGACAAAAGAAGGCGGCUAGCAGGCAGAUAAGAAGGGGAGGGUGGUGAGUAGGCUGGCAGAAGGGUGCAGGGGCCAGCCCUGGCCCCCUCCCACCUUGGCUGUGUUAUAAAGAUGUGGGUAGGAGUGUGUAGUGGGGAAAGCACCUGCUGGGACCCCCACCUUCCAGCUAGUUGGGCACCCCAAAACUGUGUGCUGCCAGGCUGGUAUUCCCCAAUACCCCCAGCCCUGCCCAGUGUACCCCUCCACUGCCUGCUUCCCCUGAUGCCUGCAAUUUAGACCAUACCAGCUGUAUCCACAGCAACAGAAACAGAAGUGUUACUGGUGGUCAGAUUAUUAAGGGUCCCAUUAUGUGGCCUAGGCUAUGGUAUAUCCUGGGUGAGACAGUUUGAGCCUCUUUUCUGGAUUCCAAGACAGCCCAGCUGAGCAAUCCCAGGGUUUCUAAAUACAACUGUAAACUAAGCAGUCAGAAAGCAUCCACAGAUGUAUCAGUGUUAAACAAAAACCCUUUGCACUCAACUGUCUUCCAGGUUAGUGUCUUCUCAUGGCCUUUGAUCUGUCAUCAGAAGUAAUUGAGCAGGGGCUGGGGAUUUAGCUCAGCGGCGUAAGCACCUGCCUUGCAAGCAGGUGGUUGUGAGUUCGAUCCCCGGUACGGAUAAAAAUGAAAAACAAAGAUAAAAAAAAAAGUAAUUGAGUGUCCCCUUUCCUAUUUUCUUUAUCUCACUGCUCCUAAACAUAGUAUGGACAAUUUUUCUGCAAACUAAUUUGUGAGAUUUUAUUGGGAGAAGGACAUCAUAGAUUUCCUCAUUAAUUGUGUAACUAUCUGGUUGAGCAUUAUCUAAAAAUGUGCUAAUUAGCUCAUAAAACACCUCUCUGUCUCUUUGACUCUGUCUCUGUCUCUCACGCUCUCUCUCUAACUGGAAUCUUUUCUAAACAAGCAGUCCACCACCGAUCUACACCCCAACUCUGGAAUCUUUCUAUUGAAUAGAACAGGAGAACUUGGUGAUUUAUCAAAAGUGAUUUUUCUCUGCAUUCUUAAGAUGGCAACACUCAGAAACAAAAGCAUGAAAGCCUAAAUUUGCCUUUUAUGAAUCAGUUCAAUUAAACUUUUGUCAGUCUUCAUUUACUGACAAACAUUUUUACCUAAAAACAAAAGGUUAAUUAUGAAAUACCACUAAGAGUCAGAUUUGGCUAAUUUGAAGAGCAGAUGCUAAUAGAAAGUAAAUCAGCAAAUCAAGAAAUAAUAGAAACGAUAUGUUUUUAAAGGAGUCUUAUUUUUAAGAAACAGAUGCUUUUAAGAACUGAAAGAACUUAUAAAUGAAAUGAUAUAAUUAGAUAUGCUUUAGGAUACUGGGGAAUGAAAGAGAUAGGCAGGGUUAUAGGCAAAACCAUACUGGUUCUGAGUUGAUAAUCAGUGAAUCUGGGCUUUGGGACACUGAAGUUCACUACAAUACUCUUAUUUUCUUAUUUCUGAAAUACUCUAUUUCAAGCAUGUUCAACUCACAGUCCAUAAGCUGGCUGUAUGCUUCCUGAGACAGCUAAUAAUAUAGCUCCACAAAACUGUAAAUUUUAAUAUUAUCAUGUGAUUUUUUGUGUUAUAUUUUAUGAUUCCAUUGCACACCACUUGCCCUUGGGUGGCUUAGAGUGUAAAACACAGGAGUUACCAAAGAUAGUAUUUCAACCUACCUACACAUGCAUGUACCUAUGAUGACAGGUGUUAAUUAUUAUUAAGCUGGCAUAUGAGUUUUCUAGUUCAUUGUUAAACUUAGAUUCUUUGUUAUUUAAUAACAUAAUUUAGUGAGUUAAAAUAUAAAAAGAAAAUUUUGUUACUCAUAUACAUUAACUAUAUUAUAUUUUUAUGUGGCCUAAGACAAUCCCUUUUCACUCAGUAUAUACCAGGCAAGCCAAAAGGUUGGCUACAUGUGCUGUAUAAUAAAAGGUUAUUUUUAUAAAGAUGCAAUAAUCAAGAAAAUUAACAAAAUAUUUUUGUUUAAAACACCGAAUACUAUACAAUACAAAUUGGGCAUUCCUAAUCCAAAAAUCUGAAAUCUCAGAUUCUCCAAAACCUGAAAAUUUUUGAGCAUAUGUAUGACAACCAAGUGCAAAAUUCUCCGUUUGACCCCUUGUGACAGGUUGUAGUUGAAACACAGAUGCACUAAAUAUAUAAGAUUACCUUUGAGUUAUGUGUCUAAGAUGUAUACAAAACAAAGGAAUUUCAUGUUUAGACAUGGGUCCCAUCGCCAGGAUAUCUUGUGUUAUAUAUACAAAUAUUCCAAAAAUUUAAGAAAAUCCCAAAUCUGAAGCACUUGGGGUCCCAAACAUUUUGGAUAAAGGAUACUCAAGCUAUACAACCUGUAGUCUGUAAUAGCAAUAAUCAUAACCUUUCCCCUUCUCCUCUUCUUGGUUUUUUGGGGGACUUUUUGGUAGUAGUUAAGAGAACCAAAGUGAGGACCUUUACAUGUCAGGCAAGUGCUCUACCAUCUGAACUACAUUCUAGCCCCUAAACUUUCUAUCUCUGUAGAAAAAGUUGUGAUAAAACAAUAACAAGAUCAAAUUAAAAGAAAAACACUGUACAUGUAGGUAUAGGCCCAAAACUCAUUGAUGAUAAACAAGUAGCAAAGUAAUAAUCAAACCAUCUGGAAUGUUUCAGUAGGAAGUAAAGUAGGAAGUGAUAAAAAUUCAUAACCUCUAUUUUUCCACAGCCAUCUGGAAUUCUUCUUUACUCCAUCACUUGCUAUGGCAAUUGCCCACAAGUUGGACAUAGCCUGCAGAAAUUAGCUGAUCUGUGCAAGUGAGCAGAUCUACCCCAGAAAGUACACCUGUUGCAGAAUGUGUAUAUCAGUAAGUGUAUGUAUGUGCAUGUGUGUGAGAAAAUUGCUAUAUGUGCACAAGUUGAGGGUUGGUAUACCGGGCAACGUGUAUCUUUGUGUGUGAUUGUACUUGCAUAUUGAUAAAGUAAGUGAUUGUGUGUGGCAUGUGUAUGUGUUGAAGAGAAACAAGAAUAGAAACAGUGAACAGAGAUUAUUUGAAUCAGACAUAUUGGAUUAUGGGUACAUAUGUGUCUAUGUAUAAGUGACAGUGUAUAUAAAUUUGCUCAUGUGUAUCAUAUGAGUGUUUAAGAGCUCAUCUGUGUGUGUAUGUAUGUGUGUUAGGGGAAUUAUAAAUGUGGGGUUUUGUGGGCCAUUACAUGUGUGUGAGAGUCUGAGGGUUUGUGUAUUAUGAAUAAUUUUCAGCCUUCUCAAACCCAAUGUGCUUUUAAAACGUGUUUAUAAUGCCAUAUUUAUUACCUGAAAAUGGAGUUAUUAAUUUCUCUGCACAUAUAAUUUUAAAAGAAAAUACAAGCUGGAUUGGUUGUGCACACCUGUAAUCCCAGAACUUGGGAGGCUGAGGCAGGAGGAUCACUGAGACUUCAAGGCCAGCCUGAACUACGUAGUGAGACCCUGUCUCAAGAAGAAAGAAAGAAAGAAGAAGAAAAAAGAGAAAGAAAGAUCAACUUCAUAUAGUAUUACACAUAGUGCCCAUGUUGUAUUAACUAUGAUAUAAAUCAGAAAUAAAAAAGAAGUGACAUAUAAGAAAAUAAUAUUUAAAUAUGUCAAUGAGUGUGACACUCUCCAGAAGAUUUAAGAAAGUAAUUAGAGGUUUGUAAGGCCUUAUAAUAAAUACAGAUUCAGCAGAAGGGGGAAAUCAGACAUAGGAAGUGCAGGGAAAUGACAAGCAGAGGCUUCAGGAUAAGAGUUUACAAAACAGUGAAUAACUCCAUGGAAAGUGCACUGAAAAGCACAGUAAGUCUCCUUUUGACAUAUAUGAUAGCCACAUUCCUGAAUAAUUGAGAAAAACUGAUUUUUAACUGUGAAAUAGAGUUAGAUUCUGGAUUCAGUUAAUUAUAACUUAAAAGUCUUAGGGAGUGUGGGACAUGUAUUAGUGGUGUGAGACUACUCCACAUGUCACUGGGUGAUCAGCAUCUCACCCUGGAAACUUACAUGUUAGGACACCCUACACCCUAACCUUGUGACAAUAAAAAGUGCUCCUAUUGGGCCGGGGGUUUAGCUCAGCCGCGUAAGUGCCUGCUUGGCAAAUGCAAAGCCAUGAGCGAUUCCCAGUACCAAAAAAAGAAAAAAAGAAAAGAAAAGAAAUGUUCCUAUAAAAUUCCAAAAUAUCUUUCUAGGGGGCAACAAUGCUUUUAUUGAAGACAAGCACUGGUACAUCAACCGAAUACUUUGUGUACCUGUGUGAAGAGGCAGAGUACUAGACCUAACUCUGCCUCCCUGUGUGUGUGUGUGUGUGUGUGUGUGUGUGUGUGUGUGUGUGUGUGCACAGAUCCAUGCUCCCAGUGUGUGAGCUAAUUGGUCAUUGGUCUCCACAGCAGUAGGCUAUCGGUGGGACUCUGGGAGUGUGCAGGUCUGUGCACAAGGGUAUGGGCACUAUCAGGUGUGUUCUGUCCGAGUAUACCCAUUCUUAGCCUGAUCUGGGCCCUGCCUGUGGCUGCUAGUCUGUGCUGAGGAACACAGAUGCAUACAGUCUCUCUAGUUUUCCCAGCAACAUCAGGGCUCUGUUCAUUUGAUGCUAUCAUUGGGUGGGGGAGUGUUUUGUUGUUUGUGGGUUUUUGUUAGCUUUGGUUUUUACUGAGAGUCUGGGCUGCACAUUAUUCACCUUCUCCAUCUUAGUGUGUGUCUCUCUGUCUCCCUAUCUCUAUUUUUGUUUCUGUCUCUGUCUCGCUCCAGUUCCCUCUCUCUGCCUCUCACUCUCAUCCCCGCCCCAGUCUCCUAGAUCUUUCUAAUCUGUGUUUGUGUAUACGAGCAGUUCUCAGCCUUCUCAAACCCAAUGUGCUUUUAAAGCAUUUAUAACACCUCUUUACUAUCUGGAAAUGGAGAACCUCGUCUCUUUUUCUGUCUCUGUCUCUAAUCCUUUCCCUUCUUUGCUGUGCUGUUUCUGUGUGUAAGAAUUUUUUUCUCUUCUUCCACUUUGUGUCUCUGUUUCUCUUUCUUCUCUUUCUGCUUCUGUCUUUUCCUCUCUCUCUCUCUCUCUCUCUCUCUCUCUCUCUCUCUCUCUCUCUCACAUACACACACAAUCAUGUACUUCUUUCCUUUUGUCACUCUCUGUGUGUCUCUCUGACUUUGUCUUACAUUCGUUCUGUUUCUAUUCCUUUCCUCCAGCCUCUACUCAAAGCUAAAGAGUGUGUAUAUGGAUGUGAGCAUGUAUAUUCACAUUUAUACAUAUAUCACCAAGAUCUGAAGAUUCCACCAUGCUUUGAGGAACUUCUCUCCUGCCUAGGAUCUUAAGAACAAGCUACUAGCUGUUAGACUUCACAGUAUCAUCAGCUCCAGGUGACUGUUCAGGCCAAGUUAGAUUGGGCUGCUACCUCUGAUUGAUGUAUUUUGAAAUUUUGUUUUAUUUUUUUCUCUUUGAAAUAAAAUGAAUUUAAACAAAAAAAAAAAAAAGAUUGGGCUGCAAAUCAGCACUGAGGGAGACCGCUUUAACUGGAACAAAAAGGUCAUAAAGACAUGUACUCAGGCUCAAGUCCAGACCAGCCCUAGCUUCCACAAUAAUCCUAAACAUCUCCAGCUUCUGCCCAGGUAGGGGCUGUCUUACUCCUGGGACCUGCCUUAUCACCUUAUCACAGUCCCACACUCCCAGCCUGUACACACCAAGCAUUCUGUUCCCCCUAAGCUGUACUGCAAUGCUCUCACUGCACUCUGACACACUCCCCAGGCCUCUCUUUCGACAAGGUCUGCCUGGAUGUCUCCAAGGAGCCCUUGUCACCUACCAGUGCAUUUAGUCCCUCAAUCUAUUAAUUUGGGAUACUUUCACUGAGAGCCUACCAUCUGCUCUGUCCUGCUCUUUUAGAAGAAAGUGAGUGUGUCCACAAUCCUAGCCCUUAUGGAGCUUUCUUUCUAAUAACACAGGCAGGCAAGAAUCCAAAUUUUUAAAGUAAAUUAUACAGUGUGUUAGAAGAGAGACAAUCUAGGGGGAAAAUGAGGGUAAGAGGCAGAGAGGUGCUAUGACUUCUUACCUGGACUAUUGCAAGAACCUCCUGAUAGUCCCUCCACUUCUACCUUUGCUCCAUAUGACUUGUUUUCACAGUAGCAAGUGGGAUCUCGUUCAGUUAUAAAUUAUGUAAUGUCUUGCCUCUCCUCAGAACUCUCACAAGACUCCUAUCUCAUCCCAAGUCAAAAUCUUGCCAUGGCCUUUGAUGUCUGUCCUUGCCGUUUUUCUGGCCUCACCUCUCAGCACUUGCUCCUUGCUCAUUCUGUUUGCUCAUUGUGGUCUUCUUGCUCUUCCCAAAAUGUGCCAUGCUUAGUCCCACCUAAGGGGUUAUGCUCCAGCUGUUCCCUGUGCCUGGGCUUCUAUUCCCCCAAAUAGCUACAUAACUUACUCCUUUACCUCCUCAUGUUUGUGGUCAGAUAAUAAUCCUCCAUGAAGCCCUCCCUGUACACUGCAGUGAAAACUGCAACACCUUCCUCACAUCUACAACUUCCUAUCCUCCUUCCCUCCUUUAUGUUUAUUCUCAGAACUUACAUCUGACAUACCCACAUCUCUUUGUAUUAUCUAUAAUAUCAGGCUCACAAAGGCAAGGAUCUUUAUCUAUCUGGCUCACAGCUGGAUUCUCAUUGCCUAGAACAAUACCUUAUAUACAUUGGAUACUCAGUAAAUAUCUUUUUCAAUGAAUGAAUGAACAACACAAGCAUGCACAUCUUUAUAUUCACCCAUACUGCCUGCUUCACCAAAAUUAAAACCAAUGUUUUCAUCAUGGCCCACAGCCCUACACAAUCUGGCCCUGGACACCUCUGAUCUCACCUCUCCCUUUUGCUUAUGCCAUUCCAGUAACAUUGUUUUUCACUGUUCCUUGAGAAAUUGGUAGUACAUUCCUGAUCAUGAAUAAAAACUAGAUUCACAGAGUGAUGCCAGAAUUUUGUUACAUUACACAUAGGAUCAGGGCCGUUUUGUGAAACUUUUGGUUGAGGGGUGUGUGUGUGUGUGUGUGUGUGUGUGUGUGUGUGUGUGUAUGACAGAGAGAGACAGAGAGACAGGCAGAGAGACACAGAGAAAGAGACAGACAGUGAGAGAGAGAGAGAAAGAGAGAGAGAGAAUGUAUUCAUAUGUAUACUGAGUUGUGAUCUAAAAUGUCUUGGGAUUUGCAAAGGAGGAGAAAAGCUGUACUAACAUCCCCAUCCCACAUAACUCACCAGUGGAGAUAAGUAACCAAAGAUAUCCAGAGAGAUAAAGCAUUCCCACCCAGCAGGGAGGGAGUAGGACAAAGAGUGGACCAGGCUCAGGAUCUGACCCCAGCUGUGGAGUCAUGAGGGGGAGGGGCUCAUAGACACACUAACCCUACCCUUUCUAUUUCUUCCUCACCUUUCCAUCUGUUUCUCAUUAUCUCUCAAUUCAUUCUCUCUCUCUCUCCACUCUCUUAUUGCUCUUUCUCGUCUUGUCCAUUUGUGUCAUUUUCUGUCCAUUUACAUCUUUCUUACCAUUUUUCUGUCUUUCCCACUCUGUCUCUGCGUGUCUGUGUUUAUUUUUCUCUCUGUCUCUCUCUCCUGCCCUCAUCUCUCUGUCUUUCUGUGUCUGUGUUUUCCCCCUUGUCCACAUUUGCAGGUACAGCCCAGCAGGACAACUGAUGGAGUCCCUCAGGACCCAUCGAGUACCAGACUUGCUCACCCUGUAGGGUUUUGAGUAGCCCUUGCCCCUCAGUAUGGCCAACACCACCGGAGAGCCAGAGGAGGUGAGCGGCGCAUUGUCCCCACCGUCAGCAUCAGCUUAUGUGAAGCUGGUGCUGUUGGGACUGAUCAUGUGUGUGAGCCUGGGGGGCAAUGCCAUCUUGUCCCUGCUAGUGCUCAAAGAGCGUGCCCUCCACAAAGCUCCUUACUACUUUUUGCUGGACCUGUGCCUAGCUGAUGGCAUACGCUCUGCCGUCUGCUUCCCCUUUGUGCUGGCUUCUGUGCGCCACGGCUCCUCAUGGACAUUCAGUGCACUCAGCUGUAAGAUUGUGGCCUUUAUGGCCGUGCUCUUUUGCUUCCAUGCAGCCUUCAUGCUGUUCUGCAUCAGCGUCACCCGCUACAUGGCCAUCGCACACCACCGCUUCUACACCAAGCGCAUGACACUCUGGACAUGCGCAGCUGUUAUCUGCAUGGCCUGGACCUUGUCUGUGGCCAUGGCCUUCCCACCUGUCUUUGAUGUGGGGACCUACAAGUUUAUCCGAGAGGAGGACCAGUGCAUCUUUGAGCAUCGAUACUUCAAGGCCAAUGACACUCUGGGCUUCAUGCUUAUGUUGGCUGUGCUCAUGGCAGCCACACAUGCUGUCUAUGGCAAGCUGCUCCUCUUUGAGUACCGUCACCGCAAGAUGAAGCCAGUGCAGAUGGUGCCAGCCAUCAGCCAGAACUGGACAUUCCAUGGUCCUGGGGCCACUGGCCAGGCUGCUGCCAACUGGAUCGCUGGCUUUGGCCGCGGGCCCAUGCCACCAACCCUGCUGGGUAUCCGGCAGAAUGGGCACAUGGCCAGCCGGAGGCUGCUGGGCAUGGAUGAGGUCAAAGGUGAAAAGCAGCUGGGCCGCAUGUUCUACGCAAUCACACUGCUCUUUCUGCUCCUCUGGUCACCCUACAUCGUGGCCUGUUACUGGCGAGUGUUUGUGAAAGCCUGUGCCGUGCCUCACCGCUACCUGGCCACUGCUGUUUGGAUGAGCUUCGCCCAGGCUGCUGUCAACCCAAUCGUCUGCUUCCUAAUCAACAAGGACCUCAAGAAGUGCCUGAGGACUCAUACCCCUUGCUGGGGCACAGGAGAUGCCCCAGCUUCCAGAGAACCCUAUUGUGUCAUGUGAAGCAGAUGGGUAGGCAGACAUGCAGGGAAAUGGUCCUGGGCACCGUGAUGGGGCCAACAGCAAGCAAAGGGUGGGGCCCCAUACAGGGGCCUUCUUUUCUGAGUUCCAGCCUCAGUCUUCAAACCAACAAUAAUCUAGGAACCUUUGCCAACACCUCCUUAGGGUGGGGGGCUGGAUGGAAAACUGGGAAAGAGGCAUUUCUAGUUUGUGGGGCCUGUCUCUGCAGCCUCCUUCUCCAUUUCUACAUUCUCAUAUUCUCACUUGCUCUCCCUCUUUCCUUCCCCUUCUCUCAAAUGACAAUGCAGAAAAAGAAAACAAAAUUCAAAAUUCAGGUUUUUCUACCAACAGCUGAGGAGACAGGAUGUCUUGCUUUAUAUAUCUCCCCUUCUCUGAUUGUCUAGAAGAGAGAAGAUUGUCAUGUAAAAUAGAUUGCCAGAGCUCUUAUUGCUCCUUUUGCUCCCAGGCACCUUUCCUUCCCAAGUCCUUUAGCAAGACCUGAGUGUGUAGGGAUAAAUUAAUUCAAGGCUUCUGACAACAGGGACAAGAGAGGGGACUAGGUCCACAGGGAGCAAGAUUAAUUGCUGUGUUGUGUGCAAUGUUGUUUUGGGCAAAGCCUGAUCCAAGGCCCAAUCAUUUCUCCCUCCCCACCAUGCCUAGACCUUCCAAGUGUUUCUUGAGGAUCUGUUUGAGAAGCAUGAAGGACAGGGAGAAGGUCCCCCAGUAUGGGCCCAGGAUAGGUGAAGAGCAAGAUGUGAGCUGAACUGCUCAAGCUAAAGAGACCAAGCUUGGCUGCAUUUUCUUACACUGCCUCCUUAACCCCCAGCCCCUAUCCCUCCUUCUUGAGGAUGGAAAUCUACUCCACCCAACUAGAGCUGAUGUGGGGGUCCUUCAGGCAGGAGAUACCUUGAAAGGAAGUAUAAAGAGGAACCUGAACUUUCUGGAGCAGCUGAAUCUCAUAGCCUGGGGUCAGAGCUGAAUUUAACCCCAAAAUUGUCUCCUGGGUUUACACUAAUCUUCUGAAGAUGAAAAUUCUUUUUGGGCCUUGAUAACUGAUCAUGGUACAAACUCCAAGGCACAAUGGACUUGAGUCUAUUUUUAUCUGACCCCUUUUUGUCCCCCUCAAAACUCAGGGCCUGAAGCCCUUUCUCAGUAGCCCAUGGACUUCUGGGUCCUCAAUCCCAAACAUCCUUGCUCCCUCCCAAUUUACCAACUGGGACAGAUUGAAGCCAGAUUCUCCAGGUGAAAGGUCUCCAGCCUCCAUUGCCGGGGCAGAAUCCACUGCGGUCUUACUUCAAGGCCAGUUCUGUGGAUUGGUGAGCCAGCUAGCACUCCUUUGCCUGGAUUUGCCCAGGCUCUCUGUCCCCUUCUCAUUUCUUCUGGGGAUAGGGACCUAUCUAUGUUUUUCUACAUCUCUUUUUCCCGUCCUUCUAGAAGCCCCUGCCUAAGAUCUUUCCAAACUCCAAGACAGUCCCCGAACUGGGGAAGCCUUGAACAAAGGGACUGAGGAGGGCACUCUGUGCAGGAGAGAAUUAUGGAGCCUGGCUGUGGAGUGGUGCUGGAAAGGUGGGCCAGAGUGGCUGAGAGACUGGGGUGGGGGUACCUGUUCUCUCAGUGAUAGUGAUGGGGGUGCCUUUCCAAGGGGAUGGGGUGGGAACAAGAGGGGUGGGGGUAAAUAGGGUACACUCUGGAGGAUUUUCCUCCAUUUCUUUUUUCUAGCUGCCUGGAUUCAUCACUGGAUUUUGUAAAUGGGAAAACUAAAAUGAACAAUGCUCUAUUGGAUGUAUUCUU